AAAUUGAUAAUUUUAGAAAAUAAAAAAAUCAACUAUACACUAUAAUUCCUGAAAAAAAAGAAAAAAAAAUUAAAAAGCGUGAUAAAUCUAAAGAAAAAAAAGAACAUAAGCAUAAAAAAAAGCAUGAAAACGAAUCUAAAUAAGAUAAAUUAAGGAUACUAAGAGAAGAAAGAUUAAAAAGAGAGAGAAUAGAAUAAAUAAAACAAAACUAA